UUGACUGUUGCACUUCCCGCCUACCUAUACCAGAAGAAUGCAGUAAAACCACUGUUCCGAAUAGUGACUCCAGCUAUCCAGACUGUAGAAUGUUCACUCCUGCAGAAAUUCUUGACUUCAAUGAAAGCAGGUUGCUUGGCAAAGUCCCCCAAUGAAACUACUCCAACUGGUUUCUCCUAUUUUGAUUACACGAAACAAAUUUGGAAUGAAGAACGAAAAAAUGCGCUGAUGCCU